UAUAAAAGACUGACAGACUUCACCUGAGAGACAACCUGCCUCCUUUCCUCCAUAUACUCUUCCUCCAGCCAUUCAUCUACCCCUCAAUCUCACCAACAGAUCUACGAGGAACAGAAAGAAGAAUUGAGAGAAGGAGGACAAACAGAGAGAAGAGCCUAAAACGACAAAACAGAGGACAGACAGUCAAACAACGAGAGAAGAAUUUAACCACAGAGAGAGUGACGACAGACAGGCAUGCUCUUCAAAGUACAGAGAUCCUUCAGACCCAUGUCUGCUACACUGAGAGGACUCCACCAGUCUGCCCUGGACAUAAUACAGUGUCCAGACUCAGAGGACAGUGUGACGGACAGUUUUGGACAGUUCAUCCAGGGUGUCCAGCCCCACCACCUGACCCACACCCUGCUCCACCGUAGCAAGAGGAUGGUUCUGGACUCCAUCGGAGUGGGACUACUGGGCAGCACCACACACGUCUUCCAGCUGGCCCUACAACACUGUCAGCACAUGUAUGCUCCCAAUGAGGUCAGUUCUGUUUACGGACGCGGAGGAACCAGACUCUCCCCAACCCUUGCUGCCUUCGUCAACGGAGUGGCCACCCACUCCAUGGACUUUGACGACACCUGGCACCCUGCUACUCACCCGUCGGGGGCGGUCCUUCCUGCCUUACUGGCGAUCAGCGAUAUGCUGCCCAACAACAGAAAGCCUAGUGGGCGGGACUUCCUGUUGGCCUUCAAUGUUGGGAUAGAGGUCCAGGGACGCCUGAUGAGGUUCUCCAACGAGGCUCAGAACAUCCCCAAGAGAUUCCACCCCCCCACCGUCGUGGGUACUCUGGGUAGUGCUGCAGCCUGCGCCCGCCUCCUCUCUCUGGAACGCUCUCAGUGUAGCCACGCCCUGGCCAUCGCUGCCAGCCUAUCAGGAGCCCCCAUGGCGAACGCGGCCACCCAGUCUAAACCCCUCCACAUCGGAAACGCUUCGCGGCUGGGGCUGGAGGCGGCUCUGCUGUCCUCAAUAGGACUGGAGGCCUCGCCCAGGGUCCUGGAUGACACCGCCGGGGUCGCGGGGUUCAGCGCCUUCUACGAGGACUACGCCCCACAACCUUUGACCUCACCAGAGCAGGCUGGGUUGCGGUUCCUACUGGAGGACCAGGACAUGGGGUUCAAGAGGUUCCCGGCCCACCUGGGGAUGCACUGGGUGGCCGACGCUGCUGCCUCAGUGCACAAGCUACUGCUGGGGGAGCUGGGGUCACAGGGGAUGGGGCAAGGGUCACAGGUUGUAGGUCAGGUCCAGGACAUCUUGCUGAGGGUUCCCCACUCCAAGUACAUUAACCGUCCAUUCCCGGAGUCGGAGCACCAGGCCAGACACUCCUUCCAGUUCAAUGCCUGCUCUGCCCUGCUGGACGGGGAGGUCACCGUGCUCUCAUUCUCCCAGGAGGCACUACAGCGACCCGACCUGCUGGCCUUGCUGGGGCGUGUCCGCGUUGAGCAUCCCCAUGACAACCCGGCUAACUUCGACCGCAUGUAUGGUGAGGUGCAGGUGACGCUGGUGGGUGGGGAUGUGCUGAAGGGACGCUGUGAUACUUUUUAUGGUCACUGGCGCAACCCGCUGACCAAUGAAAGUCUAAGGAAGAAGUUCCGUAGCAACGCGGGUGCGGUCCUACCCAGGGAAAAGGUGGAGGGGCUGAUUGAAGCUGUAGAGGGACUGGACAGACUGGAGGACUGCUCUCCUCUACUGGCACUGCUGCAUUGAAACACACACACACAUCACAGACGUGCACACAUACCUACACACUCUCUCUCUCAUGCGCACACACACACACAAAGAUAUAUACCUCAUCACAGCACUCUUUUCUGACUAGCUGAUCUUUCUGCAUUUUACAUCAGGUGUUUAUAGACAUAUACAGACCAAGAGCUUGCAUCUUCAGGUGUGCAUAACUUACGUUGGUCUUGGAUGUUCUGUUUGCCAGUGGUGUAAAUUACUUAGGUAAAAAUACUUUAAAGUACUACUUAAGUAGUUUUUGGGGGUAUCUGUACUUUACUAUUUAUAUUUUUGACAACUUUUCAUUUUAUUUCACUACAUUCACCACAAGUACUCAUUACAUUUUGAA